AUGCGUGUGGUUGUCGUCGAGGAAUCGCAACUGGGUUUAGAGCACAACAACGACUUCAACCAAGUCGUUCCCGACGCGGUUCAAGGACUAACAAGCUGGAUCGACAUCAAUCUCACCCGUGAAGAAUUCGUCGCCCUCAAGUCCGCAUUCCCACGGCACAUAUUCACCACGGGCGAAGACAAUUCCAUUUACUACCACCCUGAUACCAAGGAUGGGGGCAUUGCACACAUGUGGGACUGGUUGAUGGUCCCCCACGUCUUAAACACCCACCGUGAUCUGUUUGAGGUCAAAUUUGUACCCUUUUCGGACUUCCUCGCAGCGAUGCUUGACCCCCAGGCUUCCGCGGCCACUCGGGACGUUUGGACCCUCGUCAACCACGCCGAGCUCGUCGUGGGUGGUGUCGACUUCACGGGCGACUACACGUCUCUCCUCCCGCCGCACCACGUUGCCACAUACAUGGGGAACUUGAUCACCAUCAUGGACUACACUGUCGUCUGGCCAGACCCCUCAGAAGGCCUAGUCUACGGUGGCAAGGCUGCGCUCAUCAAGAACCUCGACGCCAUUGCAAAGGCGCCACGGCCACGCACGUCCCCCAUAGUCUUUGGCUACUCCUACGUCGAUGGGAAGGUCAUCAAACGAGGACACAGUGGUUGGGGGGAGCACGUCUGCACUGACGUCAACAAGAACCCCGUCGAUCGUUGGGGAAGUCUGUGGGAAAAACCUAACGCCACUGCCCCGCCACUGGCCUCCCGGGCGUGGCUCAUGCAAGACUACGUCGACACUCUCAGGAUUCUCGGUGAGAUCAGGUGCUACUUCAUCCACGGCACCCACCAGUAUACGGUCCACACCGACACCUCUCUGAUGAUCGGGUACGCAAACGACGACACAUCGUCACAGAAAUCAUUGGAGGACCAAGAGAAAACGAAGGAACGACCGUCGUACGGCUGGGUCAACCCAAAGCGGCACGCUGACCAUGCCGACAGGGGUCUAGAAGAGUUGAAGGAGUUUGCCCGCAAAACGUAUGAAGAUCUCGUCAAGCGUGAGGAAGCCUCAUCUCCCACCAGAUCGUCGGAUCUCACCGCCUUCACACGCAUCGACAUCGGCGUCAUGCGCCAACCUGGCGGUGCUUUCAACUACGUCGUCAACGAGGUCGAAAGGAGUUGGGGUGUCACGAUGUUCGGGGUCAUGGACACUCACAUUGCGAUCGUUGCACUGACUGAAUUUACCCUCCGUCUUCCGGAAUGGGUUAGACGCAAGCACCAGCGGUCGCUGACAGCCAGCACGCUAGACGUAUGGGACCCUCUUUACGCGUAG